AUGGCUUCUCUUGGCUUGAUCCUCUGUUUAUCCUUUGUUCUUCUCAUGAGCCUUUGUCAGAUUCCUACAGCUAUUGAGGAUGAAAGAAAGGCAAGACAUUGUUGUUUCGUCUCGUGUAUAUUGCUUACAUGGGAGCUCUUCCUCACAACAAUCUUACUCUCCUAUAAGAUUCUUUGGUCAGAAGCUAUGGAAGAAGUUUCAAUGGUUUUGCAGCCAAACUCACUGAAUCUGAAAGAGAAACUUAUUGGCAUGGAAGGUGUGGUUUCGGUAUUCCCAAACACUGUUUAUAAGCUUCUUACUACAAGAUCUUAUGAGUUUAUGGGACUUGGUGACAAGAGCAAGCAAAUCUCUGAGGUUGAGACUAAUUCAAUAGUUGGUAUAAUCGACGGCGGAAUCUGGCCUGAAUCCAAGAGUUUUUCAGACGAAGGCAUUGGCCCAAUACCUAAAAAAUGGAAAGGAACUUGCGCAGGAGGAAAAAACUUCACAUGCAACAAGAAGGUGAUUGGAGCAAGACACUAUGUGCAGGAAUCCGCAAGAGACAACGACUCUCACGGAACACACACGGCUUCAACAGCAGCCGGAAACAAAGUAAAAGGAGUGAGUGUGAACGGUGUGGCUGAAGGAACUGCAAGAGGCGGUGUGCCUUUAGGUAGAAUUGCUGUUUACAGAGUUUGCGAGCCAGCUGGUUGCAACGCUGAUGGAAUGUUAGCUGCAUUCGACGAUGCAAUAGCCGAUGGGGUUGAUGUUAUAACCAUUUCUAUUGGAGGAGGUGUUACUAAAGUUGAUAUUGACCCUAUCGCGAUUGGAUCAUUUCACGCGAUGAACAAAGGGAUUGUUACCACGGCUGCUGUUGCAAACGAUGGCCCUAAACUUGGAACAGCGGGUAACCUCGCACCAUGGAUCAUAACCGUGGCUGCAGGUUCUACUGAUCGAAAAUUCGUUACUAAUGUGGUUAAUGGAGAUGGCAAGAUGAUACCUGGAAGAUCCAUCAAUGACUUUGACUUAAAAGCCAAGCAGUAUCCUUUGGCGUACGGGAAAACAGCUUCAAACAACUGUACAGAGGAACUAGCAAGGGGUUGCGCUAGCGGUUGCCUGAACACGGUGGAGGGAAAGAUCGUUGUUUGCGAUGUUCCAGAUAAUGUUAUGGAACCUAAAGAAGCGGGCGCGGUUGGAGUUAUACUUCAUGUAACUGAUGUUGAUACUCCUGGUCUUGGUCCAAUUCCGGUCUCAACUUUAGAUGAUACCAAUUAUGAAGCAUUCAGAUCUUAUGUUCUCUCCGCACCAAAACCCCAAGGAACUAUAAUGAAGAGCGGGACAGUUAAGGAUAAUGAUGCUCCAAUCGUUGCUACCUUCUCUUCUCGUGGUCCAAACACUCUCUUUAGCGACAUUUUGAAGCCUGAUAUAACAGCUCCAGGAGUGAAUAUAUUAGCAGCAUAUUCACCGGUGGCUCAAACCGCGCUUCCCGGACAAAGCAUGGAUUACUAUUUCAUGACCGGAACAUCUAUGGCUUGCCCUCACGUCGCAGGUGUUGCUGCUUAUGUCAAGACAUUCCAUCCUGACUGGUCUGCUUCCGCCGUUAAAUCUGCUAUCAUGACUACCGCUUGGGCAAUGAACGCUUCCAAAAAUGCAGAAGCUGAGUUUGCAUAUGGAUCAGGAUAUGUAAACCCUUCAGUGGCAGUUGAUCCAGGGCUUGUUUACGAAAUAGCCAAAGAAGAAUACUUGAACAUGCUCUGCGCUUUGGACUACUCAUCCAAAGGCAUUAGCACUGUCGGGGGAGAUACCUUCACUUGUUCCGAAAAAUCAAAGAUUCAGAUGAAAGAUCUCAACUACCCUUCAAUGGCAGCCAAAGUUUCAGCUUCGUCAUCUUCAGAUAUCACAUUUUCGAGAACGGUCACAAACAUUGGGAAGAAGGGAUCAACUUACAAAGCAAAAGUGUCUGGGGAUCCUAAACUCAGCAUCAAGGUUGAGCCAGAGACGCUCUCUUUCAAGUCUCCAGGUGAGAAGAAGUCUUUCACCGUUACAGUCUCUGGCAAGAGUCUUGCGGGUAUUUCGAGUAUCGUGUCUGCUUCUCUGGUUUGGUCAGACGGAUCAUACAAUGUGAGGAGUCCUAUUGUUGUGUAUGCUUAA